GUUUCCAUGUGGUGUGUGGUGUUUAUUGUACCUACACUUAUUUAUUGCGUGCAAUGCAAAUGUCUUCCCCCUGUCCUGUGCGUUUGUUUUGUGUUGUGUAGAAUAAUAGAGAGAGCAGAGCAAGAGCAAGCAUUUUGAUAACUGAGAUUUAGGUAUAAAGAAGAAUGUCACGCCACGGUGAUUGCAAAGUUUAUGUAGGAGAUUUGGGCAACAAUGCCAGUAAACCCGAGUUAGAAGAUGCAUUUUCAUAUUAUGGGCCGCUGAGGAACGUGUGGGUUGCACGAAAUCCACCCGGUUUUGCUUUUGUAGAGUUUGAAGAUGCUCGUGAUGCUGAUGAUGCUGUACGUGGUUUAGAUGGAAGAACAAUCUGUGGGCGACGCGCCCGUGUUGAAAUGUCGAAUGGCCGUGGGCACGGAGGACGAGGACCACCGCCAAGGUCUCGUCCACCAUCCCGACCUUAUGAUGACCGCUGCUAUGACUGUGGUGACCGUGGUCACUAUGCCAGAGACUGCACUCGUCGCCGUAGACGCAGCCGCUCCCGGUCCCGCCGUCGCUCUCGUUCCCGCUCGCCUCGCUCCGGCUCGCGGUCUCGCUCCCGCAGCCGAUCUCGCUCGCGGUCCAAGCCUCGCUCCGUGUCAAGAUCCAGGUCACGAUCACGUUCUAAAGAUUCUAAGAAGUCCAACUAGAUUUAAUAUUUCAUUUCUUGUUGAUUAAACAGUAGUGCUGUGUUAAACAACUGUUCAAUCAUCGACACGACAAAACUAGUCUUAUAAAAUUAAGUUUCAUCAUUUUCGCUACUGAAAUUUUAUCAGUGACGACUCUUAAUUUUAAAGCACUUUUUAAAAUUUGAACUUAUCAAAUUAUUAUUUCUAUGUAUUAAGGAUAUAAUGAAUUCCUAAUGAACAAAGGAUGUAUUGAUUUUACCAUCAUUAAAUUGACAUUUCGUCGUA